AUGAAGUACCCAUCUGAACUCACUGACCUGUCCAACAAAGACGAACUGCUCAAGGCCUACAAAGGCGUCAGCAUCGAGUCCCUGCCUACACCCGCCUUUGUGGUCGACAGGGCAACCUUCCAGAGAAACUCGGACAAAAUGCUUGAGAACGCUCACAACCUCGGCGCAGAUUUCCGUGCACACGUUAAAACUCACAAAACCCUCGAGGGAACAGCACUGCAGCUCGGCACUGGCAAGUACAAGACUGAUAAAAUCGUUGUGUCGACGCUCAGAGAGGCGUGGGGUCUGCUGCCGCUUAUCUCUAACGGCUUGAUCAAGGACGUUCUUUUCAGCCUGCCGGUCGUUUCCAGCCGUCUGGAAGAGCUUGCAGAUCUGAGCACCAAGGUUGAGAGUUUGCGUCUGAUGGUGGACAACCUGGAACAGCUAGACAUUUUGGCUGCUUUCAGCAAAAAACACUCGCUGUCGAAAAAAUGGAGCGUCUUCAUCAAAAUCAACAUGGGCACCGAUAGAGCAGGUUUCCUGCCUAGUUCGAUUUCCGAGCUGCUUGAAAAAAUUCUAAAGACAGACAUCACCCAGACAGUCUCGCUCUACGGUUUUUACUGCCACGCCGGCCACUCGUACACGUCCAGAAACUUUGAGCAGGCACAAUCUUUCUUAAUUUCUGAGAUCUCGAGCGUGAAUGAGGCGUGCAAAGAGGCACUCAAGUUUGACAACUCACUAAAGCUCCAGAUGUCGGUUGGCGCCACUCCAACGGCCCAUGCGGCUGAAAAAUUCGAUCUCAGCGCUGUGGGCCAGCUGUUUGGUAAUCUCGAGCUCCAUGCGGGAAACUACCCAUUCUGCGACCUGCAGCAGCUAGCUACAGGCUGUAUUGAGGUUUCUGAUGUUGCCUGCAAAGUUAUCGCGGAGGUUGUUUCCGCCUAUCCUGGAAGAGGCUCCAAGGCUCCCGGCGAGCAGUUGAUCAACGCUGGUGUUAUAGCGCUGGCACGUGAGUCUGGCCCGCUGCCUGGGUUUGGAAAAAUUGUGUCCCCACCAGGAUACGAAAAUUGGACUGUUGGACGGCUCAGUCAGGAGCACGGAAUCUUGACGCCUGUGGAGGAGAAGGACACAAAGCUGAUUCCUACAGGCACCGUGGUCAGCAUUAUCCCACAGCACAGCUGUAUCACGGCAGCAUCGUAUCCAUGGUACUACGUUGUUGAAGAUGGCAAUACGGUCGUGGAUAUUUGGGUGCCAUAUAGAGGAUGGUAG